UGAGUGUGCGUGUGUAUGUGUGUUUGUGUGGGGGUGUGCGUGUGUGUUUCUCUCUCUCUUCCUCUUAAUCUGCCAGUCACUUACUGCCCUAGACAGGAUUCCGUGUGUUCUGCAAACUCGUCUUGAAUACCACGGUCACCAGCAGAGCUCGCCUUCUCAAACGCACGGUGGAAGUCGAGGUGCUCUGAAUCACCCAGCUCCAGCCAGUUUAAAGGUCGGGGGGCUCACUGAAAAACCUCUUCUCUUCACACUUCCCUGGGACUUGCUCAGAUCUUCAGCCUACGCUGUUGAAUGGCGAAGAUGCUGGAAAUCUCGCCACAGAUCUUUGACCAGGUUAAGACUGAGUCAGGAGUCAUAAGGGGCUCAUUGGGCAUGAAAACAGUCUUGUUGAGAGCAAGACCUUGAGGACUACAUUGCAAGGAAUGGAGACUGCAAAGAUAUCUACUGACCCUCUCUGGGAGCAAAGCACAGAGCAAGUCAAUGUCACAUCUUUCAAUAAUGAAUAUGGUAAUUGGACUAAUAAAGACCCAUUUAUGUCCAGUGUGAGCACCAUUGUGCUUCCUGUAGUUUAUUUCAUUGUCUGUAUAAUAGGACUCAGUGGGAACACUCUAGUCAUCUAUGUUAUUGCACGCUAUGCCAAGAUGAAGACAGUGACCAAUAUUUAUAUCCUCAACCUCGCUGUGGCUGAUGAGCUCUUUAUGCUUGGACUGCCAUUUAUUGCCAGCCAAAAUGCCCUGAGCUACUGGCCAUUUGGAUCAUUUAUGUGCAGACUGAUUCUCACUGUCGAUGGCAUCAAUCAAUUCACCAGCAUCUUCUGUUUGACUGUAUUGAGUAUUGAUCGAUACCUUGCAGUGGUACACCCCAUUCGAUCUACCAAAUGGCGCAGACCCCAGAUAGCAAAGAUGAUCAAUGCCUCAGUGUGGGUAUUGUCUAUUGUGGUUGUCCUCCCACUCAUCAUAUACUCCGGUGUGCAAAAGGAAAUAAAUACUUGCAACAUCAACUGGCCAGAGCCCAAGGCCAUCUGGUCUGCUGCCUUUAUCAUAUACACAACAGUGCUGGGCUUCUUUGGCCCACUGUUAAUAAUAUGUCUCUGUUAUCUUCUGAUUAUAAUCAAAGUCAAGUCAUCUAGUGUACGUGUUGGAUCAACCAAGCGAAGAAAGUGUGAGAAAAAAGUUACUAGAAUGGUGAUCAUCAUUGUCGUUGUGUUUGUUAUUUGCUGGCUUCCGUUUUACAUCCUAAAUAUCAUUAACUUAAUUUCCACCUUGCCUGAGGAACCUGUCAUUGUGGGAAUAUAUUCCUCCUUGGUGGUCCUUUCCUAUGCCAAUAGCUGUGCCAAUCCCAUACUCUAUGGGUUCUUGUCAGACAACUUCAAGAAAAGUUUCCAAAAGGUUCUGUGUUCAUGCAAGUCCAAUGGAAUUGAGGAUGCAACUGAACAGAAACAAGAAAAGAGUCGAUUUCCUGAUACAUGCACAACACAGAGAUUGGCUGAACCCAAUGGCUGCAUGCAAACCAGUCAGCUUUAAGAAGGUAUCCCGGUCAUAAAUAAUGCUGCUCCCGGGUUCCGACAAGGCUCUCAUCGAUACUUGGUUUUUAAGCAAAUGCUUGCUGAGAGUCCUCUGAAAUAGUCUAAAGAUACAGAGCCCUCUCUGCACAAAAUACGAGCAUUUAUUGCAAACGGUGGUGGUCUUUUGACAUUUAUUUAAGAUAUGUGUGUAUGUAUGUGCAGUUAUUCUUAGGAAGGCAUGAGCUUUGAGAGUCUGUGGAAAUCAUUUAAAAUGUACCUAUGGUAAGAGUUGUAUUUCCCAUGUAACGUACAUUGUUCUAUUUUGUUUGCUGAACUGCCUUCUCAUUUGAUUGAUGCAUUUUAUUUUAGGAAAUCAUUAUCCUUUACAGUGAGAGUUCUACACUGAGUUCCCGAGAUCCUAAAGUAAGCUCACACAACUGGCACAGCAAAUCGAUUCAAUCCUAAUCUGAGGUGCAGUUUGCAUGUUCUCCUUGUAAUUUAUUAGUUUUCGAUUGGGUGCUCAGGUUUCCCUUCAUAUUCCAAAGACUUUAGGUUGGUAAGUUAAUUGGUCACAGGAAAUUUCCCCUAAUGUGCAGAUGUGGGGUGGAUCUGGAAGGGAUUGAUGCAAAUUUAUGGAGAACGAAGUUGUGUGGACGUGUGUGGGUAGAUGGCAUGGAUUCAGAAGACUGAUGGGCCUGUUUCUGCCAUGUAUAACUCUAUGAUAAUGACCACACUUAAGCUGAAUAAUGCAUAUCUUUAGUUAGCAGCUAAAUCGAGAUUAAUCAUUAACACAGAGGCAAAAGAAAGGCAAUGAAUAAUGUUGGCCUUCCCCUUGAUUUAUGAGUACAAAUCCAUCCUAGUAAGUGGGUGAUUCCUUGAGUACCUCAUGUUUUAUCAAUCUGGUAAUGUUGACUUUUAUCUUGGGAAAUCUCUGCACAGGAAAUUAAGUGUAAAAUUCUCACUGAUUAUAUUAAUGGAACUUGCAUGAAGGAAAGACAAAGCGUAUCUCAGUGAUAGAAAAGAGGAAGCUUUAUUCCUUCAUUCAUCUUGUGUUACAGCUAAAUUCGAGGUUACCAAUUUUGAAAAUUGGAUAAGCAUCUCACCACAGAAAAUCUCUCUCUCAGAAUACACACACCUUUACAAAGAGUGAAUUCUGAUAUUCGGUCCAUUUUCUAGGAGUUAAAAUAAAAUUGGAACAAAAUGGGGGUCAGUAAUGGGAACUCUCAAGGUAAUUUUGCUAUUCAAUCCAAAAGAAAUAACAUCCCCUUCCCGUCUGAUCCUAACAUGUGUUCCUCUUGGUUGUUGCACUUUCAACAGCCUACAAGCAGCAGAGUGAAAUGAUGGGGCAAAGGGUACAGUUUAACACUGGAAAUUUGGAGUCGAUUGCACUACAUGCCCUGGCUGUCCCAGUUUAACUAGCUUUAAUUGGAAUUUCUCAUUUGUAAAAUUUCCUGUGGUGUUCUGGAGAUCAAAAAAGGAAGAUGAAUGAUUUUGAUGAAGGUGUGUCUAAACUGACUUCUGGUGAGCCUCCACCAAAAGCAUCUUUUCAUUACAAAAGGCUUUGUAAAAUAUUUUUAAAAGUGAGCAUGAGCAAAUAAGGGUAAAAACUUCAUAAAUAAACCAUGAUACAGACCGAACGGAGACAUAUGACAGAAUUGUAAAUUACUGGUAUCCUCCUGUGCAGUGGGAGAUAUGAGGUGAUCACACAAAGCAUUGAUGAAUACCAGUAGCAGAAUAGAAAUAUUGCAAAUGACCGAGCAUGAACACAUUGUGCAAUAUGUUAUACUCCAGUAGUUUCUUGUCUUCAGAGUCAUUAUGCGCGCAUGGCAGACCGAUGAUAAUGUAUCUGCAGAAGAGAAAAUGCAACAUUCAUUAGUCCUAUUCCAGCCCAUUUUCAGAAGAAAAACCAUAUGCUUUAACUUCAUACUGAGCAAAAAUAUCAGUCCUGUGAAAGAUUAUGCUAAAAGUCUAAUAAUUGCUUUUCAUCUCAUAGUCCAUAACAAUAGUGUAAAAUAUGCCACCACUCAUUUUAGCCAAUAUUGUACUAAAUGUUACCCUUUUUUAUACUCCUCUGUGAUUAGCGUGGAUCCUUUGGUGAAAUGUCUGUAAAAUAGUCUGUUUACAUUUCUUACUGUCAAAGUAUGCUCGAUUUUUCUUAGUUUUGAAGCAUAAUAUCAAGGGACAAUCACAUUUAAAGUGUCUUUGACAAAAAGAGCAUGUUAACUGUUUUUGUAUCUAGUUCCCUCCAAUGGGCUUGCGGGUAAAUGUGCUGCUUGUGAUUCCAAUUAUGCUAGUGGGGUCCAAAGAUGGGUUGUCAAGUGUAGUUGCAUAUAUUCCAAUAAGUUUCAAAGCAAGAUGUUGCAUCCAUCAUUCCCCAAGCCUAUAUUCCUACAGUUAAUCAAUUUGCUGAGAUUUUCUAGACAGUCCACAUGGAAUGACUGGUGCCUCUCAGUACUAAUUGCCAAUAGAUUUAGUCAUUUCUAUACCAUAUAGAAGUCCAGAACUUCCUGGAAAAACUCUGCUGCUUACUUCCAUAUUGCAAUCCACAGCAAUGGGGUAGAGCUCACAGGGAUUCUCCAAUAUUUACAUUGGGAUUUGGCUCCUGAAUCCAGUACCAAGUUGGAGAUGCAAAGGACUCUUGAACAUAUGCAUUUCAAUGAAGGUUGAGUGGCUGCAAACAAAGAAUGGUUAAGGAAUAAAUAACUUGUGUCUUAUUAUUUGGGCAUGGUUUAAUGAUUUUCAUUAAGGAGCAGAUUUCAAAUGCUUUGGCCUGAAUUAUUCCUUUAACUGAAAAAGGUAAUAAUUUUUCAGGUUUUUAAUUAUUUUAUUUUGAAUGUUUUUUUUAAUGACUCUGAAGAUCCAAGACAGGGCUUUGUCUGUCUACCAAAAUGUUCUGGAGAAAUUUUGUUGGUGGGACUUGCUCUGAGCGCUUUCUGUCACAUUGCACAAGAUCCUCUCGGGGCUUAGUCAUCAGUUUCACCAUCUUAGCCGUCUGGAGCAGCCCUCCAAAUCCAGAGAAGAUAAGAUGAUAUGAAUCAGUGAUGUUGAUAAUGAACUUGGAUGGCUGAUCCACUCAUAAAAAUCAGGGCCAGCAAAUUCUGCUCCUCAUGUGAGACCUAUGGAGGCUAAACAUUUGUUGAAAUCAAGCAUAGGCACUUAGUCCAGAAGGGAGGCAAGAGUUAUAAGUCAUAAGCAAGAAAAUGAACCUGAGGUUAAAGUUGGAUUAGUCAUGAUAUCAUGAAUGCCAGAGCAGAUUUGCAAAGCCAUGUGGCCUACUCCUACAUUAUCAGCAACCUCGUCCUGUUAAAUACAGUAUGUCUACAUUGUAUGGGAAAAUAGGAUCCAAUCAUUAUUAAUAGGGUUAUUAAAGAUUAGUAAGCACAAAGAAUUGAGUGAGUUUGGUGGUAUGGGUUAAUACCUGUCCCUCCACCUCUGACAGAUUGAGAAGCCCUUUGAGAAGCUUCUGUAUCCAAUUUAAAAUGAUUCUGGAUCUUAUUUCAUUUCUGAAAUCCUUUAUGAGUGCUCUAUCUCUACCCCUUAUUUCCCACUCUUUUUCUUUGGUAGCCAACUAAAUAACUGGGUGUUUAUAGUUCGGGGAUUUGGCUGCUGUAAUCGUAUUUGGGACACCCUGGCAUAAAUUAUAUACAGUAUAAAUGAGUUUAUGUUUCCUUCUGGUUUCAUUUGGACAGAUAAUAAAUGCAGAUCCCCUUUACUGUUGCAUCCAUAUCCUGUAUCCACAUGCGUAAUUUGUGUGCCCUCACAUACACCUAACUAGUUCUAAAACUAUCUUCUGGGAAGUUGUGCAAGAAACCAGCAGGUUUCUUUGACUUUCUUUCCUUCAGUUUUUUGAGAACACUUAACCAGUUGCAAUCAAGGGUCAGCUGGAGACGUUGUUAUCCUUUGAAUUAAAACCUGCUUUAAGACUUGAGCACUUCAGGUGGAUGCUCCAUUUCAGGACUGGAAAGAGUGCUGUACAGCCAACAAUAUUACCUUUCUGAUGAAAUAUUACAUUCAGGUCCUAUUUACUCUCAAAAGGACACAAAACAACAGUGGAACUUUUCCCCAGUAUCUCAGCCACUACUAAUCACUCAACAAGCCAUCAAAAAUAGGAUCUUGUCAAUAUCAAGUUCUUGCUUGUGGGAUCUUAAUAUGUACAAAUUGAUUGAAGUGUUUUCUAUAUUGCAUUGUGACAACACUUCCAAAGUACUUUAUUGAUUGUAUAGUAGUUGUGAAAUUCUGAGGUCAUGCAUGGCCCACAUAAAUGCAAGCUUUUUCUUUUCUCUAUGCACCAUUAGACUCGUUUGAAAUUAUAUCUGGAAAAUCUCAGAUACAGACCUUCAGCCUACCAUUAUAUAACAGUAUUCUAAUGAAUUGAAACAUGAUCUUUUAUGAUCAAGGAAUCAUUAGACAUUGUACCAUAAACAAUGAUACUUUCGGGCUAUAUCACUGCUGGAUUUUUUUUCAGGAAGGAGUGAGAUUUCAGACAGGUUAGCCAGGUUUAGUGGAUCAGAUAUCUUCUUCAAAAAGAGGAGGAUCAUCACUAAACAGGCUAACUUGCCAAUUCUGGUUGAAUGUGUCCUUGUAGAUUCUGUUCUAUGACCUGUUGUCUGACUGGCUUAGCUCCAAGCAUCUAUCACUUACUACAACCCCACCCCUGCCCCCACCGCAACAUGUAUACACCUCAGAUACCACAACCUCCUUAGUCUGAUUGGAAACCAAAAUGAACAUUCUUUAACUGAUUGGGCGAUCCUUAAAACUAUGUCAAACAGCAAUUUGUUGCAUAUCACUGGUGCAUUCGAAAAUAGUAAGAAGUAAUUCUGAAGAAAAUUUUAAAAAAUUAAGAUUUGAUUCAAUUAGGCAUUGAUUCCCAAACAAUUCUUAUUUUUGUGUACUGACAGUUACUGCAGUUAGUAAACUCUUUUCUACAAUUUCUGCUGGCAAUGAGCAAAUUUGCGCCUCUUUCCAAAUGGCAGCAGUAAAAAGCUAAUUUGGAGAGUUACUGUUCUCUGUUCAGUUUUUAUCAGGCCAAGGAAAGAAAUAGAAAUGUCCAUCAGAAAUACAUCAGUAAACUCCUUGACAUACUGGAUCCUACGAUAUCCAUCAUCUUGUCAUCAAACCCCAACUGAAUGGAAGAUUAGUCACAUCGUCACAAUCUGAAAAUCCAGAGGAAUUCCAGAUGCUGGAAAUCUGCAAAUAAAACAGAAAAUACCAAAAACCUUCCAGCAGGUUUAGGCCUUUGGGCAAAAAAUGUGUACUCUUUCCAUGGGUGCUGCUAGACCUGUUGAAUAUUCCUAACCCUUUCUGUUUUUAUGUUUACAGAUCUGUCUGCUCAUCUUCAUGCCGAUUUAGAUUAAUUCAUGGGAGCUUAAUAGGCAAUCAAUCUCCAAAAUAUAAAUUCAGUAUUGUGGUGGAUGUUAACUGCUAGAGAUAACAAUUUUAUUCUACUAUAAUAUCUCUCUCACUCGCUCUCUGGCUAUCCAUCCCAUAGGAUGAUGAUGGUUCCUUGCAGUCAAUAAGUGGGGUUUGGAUACCCCACUCCUCAGAAAGGAACAGCGUGUGCAUGAAUGGAUUUUAGGUGAGUAGGGGGUUGCACAGGUCCAGACCCACCCUCUCAACAUCCCCUCCCGGAUCCAGCGGCAUGGUGGGGUCCAAGACGGCUGGGGGAAAUUCUGUUGCAGUGAAUGGCCAGACCAAGCUUUGCUGCAAGGGAUGCCCUUUCCAUGCUUCAUGGCACAUGUUUGCUAGAUGGCCAUUGACCCUACAAGAGGGUUCAUCCACCCUUUGACAGGUCUUAUUUUUUGUUCUGCAGGGUGUCUAGUCACCUUCCUCACCAGGCAAGCCUGGUGGGGGAGCUGGUUUAGUCGCCGACCACCCGACCAUGUAACAGGUACUACUGGGUUACAUGGUACCAGUAGCACUCAGACCAGUGACCUGACUCUAAUAUAUAAGGAAAGUGAAAAUGAGAGAAAUCGUCAACUUGGAAUAUAACUAACAUAUUUGAGUUAGUUCCCUUAUAUAUGCUAAUUCAAUCCCAUGGAAAUUAAAGUCAAGCUGUUUCUAUAACAAACUGAAAAUAACAGACAUAUACGCAAAUUUUCCCUACACCCAUUAUACUUCAAGAUUCCAGUACUUUCCUGUUUUACUCCUGUUCUCUCAGCAAAAUAGCCUUUUUGUGAAAAAAGUCAGCAGAGUUAAUCCAGUCUCAAAUCCAGGUCAAUGUGGAUCCAUGUCACAGAAAAAAAAACAAAUGAAGGCUGAUUUGAUUUACCUUGCUGUUACAUCAAGUCUGCAGUUUUGAACCCCAAACAUUAAUGUAUAUAGAAAUUUUAAAUCAUUUUGCUGAAGAAUCUUGCAGUUAUGAAAUAGAAUGAAAAUAGUUUAAUAUUUUUGCCUUUGAUAUAUAGAAAUAUGCACUCAUUAAAUCUUUGGCUCCAAUGCAAAGAUUGGUGUACAAAAAGAGAAGAAACUUAUUUUUAAAGAAUGUAAGACAAAAGCUUUGAAUAUGAAUUGCACCUAUUUGUGACGGUAUGUGAUAAGUGAUGGGAUGUAAGGUUCAAAAUGUGCUUUACUUAGGUUGGGAUAGCAAUUCACCUAGGAUGUUAGCACCAAACAGGCACCAAAAUAGCGACCAUCUGUUUUCCUGUCCACCCAAUGUUCCCAAACAGCAUGAGAAAUACCACAGGAAUCCAAUACUGCAACAUCAGUUUAGAUUAGCAAUUUAAAAUGUAUACUGUCAAAGGCGCCCUGUUUAAAGAUAGGAAUUGUCAAACUACAUCCCAUCACACACUCUAAUAGCCAGAAUUCUCUUUAAGUGUGGUCUGGUGCAAUGAAAAAUAUAAAGAGGUAUCAAAGCAACUCAACAGAGAUUUGAAUGAUUAUCUCGCUAUUAUGUGGCACUUUAAUCUAAAUUUAAUAUUUUCAAUAAGAAUGAUUAUUAUUUUUCAAAUAUUGGAUUCAAGUUGCUGUAUUUUUAGACAAAGAAAUUAUGCAGAGAAAUACAAAUUAAAAGCAGUUUGACUUCCCAUGAAGGAACACUGUAACUGCACUAAAAUAUAGUUUAUUAUAAAUAUUAAAUUAAAAUUUAAUCCCCAUGAAAAGAAUUAUAUUUGUCUAGGUGGAUCACUCAAAGUAUAAUCUUAUAAAAAUAAUACAUAAUAUCUAACAUUACUCAAGUUCAUUCAAACUAUUAUCAAUACUGUGUCCAAAACAAAGCUGGAAUGUGUAAUAAUAACUGUGAAAAGUAUUUAAAUGUCGUCAGAAAAUGCCAAAUGAAAUCGCUUUCACUAUUUUCCUGUUAUUAAGAUGAUAUGUUAACUGUGUCAUGGGAAGAUUAAUAAAGGUUAUUUCAGGAUUGAAGAUAAAAGAAGAAAUUGAUUUAACAGUAAUGUUGUUGUUAUUUAUGUAUGGAA